GGCACAGGACGCAGAGAUGCAGGCUGAGGAGUACAACCUUCGAGGUAAGGAGCUGGUGGACUACAUCACCAAGUACCUGAGCACCAUCCAGGACCGCAGAGUCAUUCCAGACGUGAAACCAGGUUACAUGACCGCCCUCAUCCCCGAACGUGCGCCCGCAGAGUCCGAGGACUGGGACGCCAUCUUUGAGGACUUCCAGAGAGUCGUCAUGCCGGGAGUGGUUCACUGGCAGAGUCCUCACAUGCACGCUUACUACCCCAGUCUGACAUCAUGGCCGUCCUUGUUGGGAGACAUGUUGGCAGACGCCAUCAACUGUGUGGGCUUCACUUGGGCGUCCAGUCCUGCGUGCACAGAGUUAGAAAUGAAGGUCAUGGAUUGGCUGUGCAGAGCUUUAGGACUUCCUGACUUCUUCCUCCAUCAGCACCGUGACAGCCGAGGGGGCGGAGUCUUGCAGAGCACGGUGAGUGAGAGCACGCUGGUGGCUCUGCUGGCCGCCAGGAAGGACAAGAUCCUGCAGCUGGACCAGGACCAAGACCUGGACCUGGACCUGGACCCCUCUGUCCUCAACUCCACCCUGGUGGCCUACGCCUCUGAUCAGGCGCACUCGUCAGUGGAGAAGGCGGGUCACAUCUCGCUGGUGAAGAUCCGGUUCCUGCCCACAGACCACCUGCUGGCCCUCAGGGGGGACACGCUGAGACGGGCCGUGCAAGAAGACCGGCGGAGAGGUCUACUUCCCUUCCUGCUGUGUGCCACCCUGGGAACCACAGGAGUCUGUGCCUUCGACGCCCUCUCUGAACUGGGACCUGUCUGUGCAGAGGAGGGACUAUGGCUCCACGUGGACGCCGCCUAUGCAGGCUCCGCCUACUUGUGUCCGGAGCUGCGUUGGUCUCUUGAAGGCAUCCAGUUUGCAGACUCCUUCGUCUUCAACCCCUCCAAAUGGAUGAUGGUUCACUUCGACUGCACAGCUUUUUGGGUGAAGGACAAACUGAAGCUCCAGCAGACGUUUAGUGUGGACCCUGUUUACCUUCGUCACGACAACUCCCAAGUAGCUACUGACUUCAUGAAUUGGCAAAUUCCUCUCAGUCGUCGUUUCCGAUCCCUCAAACUUUGGUUUGUCUUGCGCUCGUUUGGACUGAAGAAGCUGCAGGCACACAUCAGACACGGCAUCGACAUGGCGAAGCUCCUGGAGUCCCUGAUCAGGAGUGAGCCACACUUCGACAUUCCUGCCCAGAGACACCUUGGCCUGGUGGUGUUCUGCCUCAAAGCCGGCAACGCUUUAACCCAGGAACUGCUCCGAAGACUGACCUGUUCCGGGACCAUGUACCUCAUUCCCGCAGAGGUUCACAGCAAACGCAUCCUUCGCUUCACAGUCACCUCCCAGUUCACCACAGCCGACCACAUCCGCAGGGACUGGGGGAUUAUCUCCAAAAUAGCUUCUGGUCUCCUAGGUGAGACUGCUGGCCCUGAUCAGGUCCAGCUAGGAGCUGGGGUCAAGGCAGAUGAUGAAGCGACUGAGGAGACCACCCCCAGGAUGGACAAAGCCCAAGUGGAGCUUUGGAUCGACAAGACUUGGAAUCGGUCCAGGAGGCCAAUGCGCUCUCUGAGCUGCAACAGCGAGCCCUACGGUUACCUCGGUCUUCGGUGUGGUCACGCCUUUGAGAGCAAGCUGAGCCCUCAGGAGGAAGCGGGUGUCCUCUCCACAUCAGGGCCAGCAGGAGGGAAGCAAGCCGUGAAGAAGCUGACCAAGUUCUACAGCGUUCCAAGUUUUUGCAACCAGUGGACACCAGGUAGUCGCCACCACCUUUGCUGCCCCCUCAAAGUGUCUCAGGCUCCCAGACCCUCGUCCUGCCGCAGGUUGACCUGCAUCCCUCCUUCUAGUCCCAGCGACUCGUCUACACCAGACCAGACCCUCGUCCUGCCGCAGACCAGACCCUCGUCCUGCCGCAGGUUGACCUGCAUCCCUCCUUCUAGUCCCAGCGACUCGUCUACACCAGACCAGACCCUCGUCCUGCCGCAGACCAGACCCUCGUCCUGCCGCAUGUUGACCUGCAUCCCUCCUUCUAGUCCCAGCGACUCGUCUACACCAGACCAGACCCUCGUCCUGCCGCAUACCAGACCCUCGUCCUGCCGCAGGUUGACCUGCAUCCCCCCUUCUAGUCCCAGCGACUCGUCUACACCAGACCAGACCCUCGUCCUGCCGCAGACCAGACCCUCGUCCUGCCGCAGGUUGACCUGCAUCCCUCCUUCUAGUCCCAGCGACUCGUCUACACCAGACCAGACCCUCGUCCUGCCGCAGACCAGACCCUCGUCCUGCCGCAUGUUGACCUGCAUCCCUCCUUCUAGUCCCAGCGACUCGUCUACACCAGACCAGAACCUCGUCCUGCCGCAGACCAGACCCUCGUCCUGCCGCAGGUUGACCUGCAUCCCUCCUUCUAGUCCCAGCGACUCGUCUACACCAGACCAGACCCUCGUCCUGCCGCAGACCAGACCCUCGUCCUGCCGCAGGUUGACCUGCAUCCCUCCUUCUAGUCCCAGCGACUCGUCUACACCAGACCAGACCCUCGUCCUGCCGCAGACCAGACCCUCGUCCUGCCGCAGGUUGACCUGCAUCCCUCCUUCUAGUCCCAGCGACUCGUCUACACCAGACCAGACCCUCGUCCUGCCGCAUACCAGACCCUCGUCCUGCCGCAUGUUGACCUGCAUCCCUCCUUCUAGUCCCAGCGACUCGUCUACACCAGACCAGACCCUCGUCCUGCCGCAGACCAGACCCUCGUCCUGCCGCAGGUUGACCUGCAUCCCUCCUUCUAGUCCCAGCGACUCGUCUACACCAGACCAGACCCUCGUCCUGCCGCAGACCAGACCCUCGUCCUGCCGCAGGUUGACCUGCAUCCCUCCUUCUAGUCCCAGCGACUCGUCUACACCAGACCAGACCCUCGUCCUGCCGCAUACCAGACCCUCGUCCUGCCGCAUGUUGACCUGCAUCCCUCCUUCUAGUCCCAGCGACUCGUCUACACCAGACCAGAACCUCGUCCUGCCGCAGACCAGACCCUCGUCCUGCCGCAGGUUGACCUGCAUCCCUCCUUCUAGUCCCAGCGACUCGUCUCCACCAGAAGAAAGCAAACUCCUUUGA